UCAUCCACAGUGGAGUGAAACCAUUCAGGUGUGACUUGUGUGGAAAGUCUUUCACUGAGAUGAAGAGCCUAAAACGACACGAAGUCUUCCACACCGGAGCUAAACCAUUCAGCUGUGAUCAGUGUGGGAAGUGUUUCACCCGCAAAGAAGGCUUGGAAAAUCACAAGCUCAUCCACAGCGGACUUAAACCAUACAGCUGUGAUCAGUGUGGCAGAGCUUUUACUUGCAGGAAAAAUUUAUGGAUUCAUCAAAUUACCCACUCUGGAAUAAAGCUAUACAGCUGUGACGUUUGUGGAAAAACGUUUAGUCAUCUGGGGAGCCGAAAUAAACAUCUGCGCAUUCACACCGGGCAGGAUGUGUGCUGCUGUGAUCUGUGUGGCAAACGCUUUGUUACAUACAGCAACUUACAAAUCCACAAACUUACCCACACUGAGGAGAGACCUUAUAAAUGUGAGCUGUGUGAUAAGGCUUACAAAGCUCCAAAUUCCCUGAAAGUGCACCAGAAGAGUCACACCAGAAAGAGACUUUACAAGUGCAGUUACUGUGACAGGCAGAGCGACACAGAUGGAUCCAGUUCUCAGCCCUGUUGUCACUGUGGUGCUGUGAAACCGUUUUGUUGUGACCUUUGUGGAAAAGCUUACAAGAAGAAAAAAGGCCUGAUAUGGCAUCAGCGUAGACACACUGGACAAAGACUGAACUACUGCAAACAGUGUGGGAAAGGCUUCCCCACUCCAAGUGCAUUAAAGCAACAUGAACUCUUCCACAAUGGUGUGAGAGAGCACGUUUGUGACCAGUGUGGGUCAUCCUUCAUCACUACAGUGCUCUAUGGCAGAGAAGAGGGCUCCACUGAGGGCGCUGAAGGCUUCCCAGAGCGUCGUUGGCAGCAGCGUCCCCGCCACAGCAGACACGCACACCGACUGUUCUUCCUACACUGUAAACAUGCUUCUUCUUAUACUGUAAAUACUCUAUGUGGAAGUUGAGUGCAGAGCUCACUCGAUGUAAAUGCAUGUGCUGGAAUGACAAUAAACACCUUAAACCCA